CGUGCAGCGUCUCAUUCAGGCUGGCGUUGUGUUGUGGUGUUGUGUUGUUGUGUUGUGUUGAGGAAACUCCCGGGAUCAGACAUGUCUGCAGAUUUCUGCUCCGGAGAAUCAUCGCGUGAAAACACAAAGUGAAGCAAAACAAACCAUCAGCAGGAGCCGCGGACAUCUUUUAACCAGACGCCUGUUGUGGGUUCGAAUCCGCGUGGUGCACGAGAAGCUCGUCAUGGCGUUUUUCGUGAAGAAGAAGAAGUUUAAGUUCCAGACGCAUCUGACUCUGGAGGAGCUGACCGCGGUGCCCUUCGUCAACGGGGUCCUCUUCUGCAAACUGCGGCUGCUGGAGGGAGACUUCGCCGCCACCUCCUCCAGACAGGAGGUUCAGGAGAACUGCGUCCGCUGGAGGAAGAGGUUCACGUUCGUCUCCAAGAUGAGCGCCAACCCCCACACGGGAGUCCUGGACCCGUCUGUGUGCAGAGUGUCCGUCAGAAAGGAACUCAAAGGAGGAAAAGCAUACACGAAGCUGGGCUUCACAGACCUCAACAUGGCGGAGUUCGCUGGCUCCGGCUCCACGGUGCGCUGCUGCCUGCUGGAGGGAUACGACACCAAGAACACCCGGCAGGACAACUCCAUACUGAAGGUGAUCAUCGGGAUGACCCUGCUGUCUGGAGAUCCGUGUUUUAAAACGCCUCCCAGCACAGCGAAGUCCAUUUCCAUCUCAGGACGAGAACACACCCUGCAGCUGGACUGCAAAGGGGAGGGAACAGCCGAGACUGGGCCCACUGGUGGGGUUUCACUGGGCCGCUCGGCCAAGCCGCGACCCUCCAUCGUCAGCUCAGGUCUCCUCGAUGAAUCCGAGGUGAAUCAUCCGUCUGGUUCUGCUGAAGUCUUCCAGUCGGGUCAUUCCCGUAACUCCAGCUACGCCAGCCAGCAGAGCCGGAUCUCAGGCUACAGCACGGAGCACUCCUGCUCCUCCAGCCUGUCGGACCUCACCCACCGCAGGAACACCUCCACCGGGAGCAGCACCUCCGGGUGCCUGGGCUUCACCGCCGACACGCCACCAGAGGGCGACAGGGACGCCGGACGUCCUGAGAGACCCCCCCGACCCCCACGGCCCCUCCUACCCCUCAACCGCCUCACCAGGAGGAAGCAGGACUCGGUGGAGACUCACCCUUCUUGGGUCAAUGACACUCGAAUGGACGCUGACGACAUCGUGGAGAAAAUCGUCCAAAGCCAAAACUUUGCAGAUGUCAACAACACUGAAGACAGUAACCUGCGUCUGUUCGUGAACCGGGACGGAACCACGGCGCUCAGCGGCAUCAUGCUCGGAAACAGGGUGUCUGCCGGCGGCUACGAGCCCGUGGUCAUCGAGAGCCAUUAAACCCGAGCGGCAGGAACAAGGCGGCGAGACGUCCCGGGGGAAUCGUCCCGUCUGUCUUUGUCCCUGUCUGUCCCCGGAGCUCCAGCUGGUCUGGACGCCUCUGGGUGGACGUCCCUCGUCUGUUUGCACUUUAUGUGAAAUGCGCGGCAGCACUUGCCUCCACUCCGUUCAGACGUGUUUGUGAUGCUGAGGGCGACUCAGAGUCCAAACAUCACGCCAUGGUUCCAUGUGACCUGUGAAGUGUUUUAGAUACAGACGCCAGAACCAUCCAUGUGUCCCCUGGUCCUGGUUCUGACCGGUGCUUCAUGCUAGCACUUCAAGACACCGCCGUUAAAAAGUGUGAAAGAGAGUUCAUGUAGCUCAAAUUAAACCAGGUCCCGGUCAGAGGAGAAAUCUGGUUACUGCCCUGCUGCUCAAAGGAACCAGGUCAUUGCAUGUGUGAUCUCCAUUUACAAGCACAACCCGGUUCCUCUGAACAACCUGCAGAGUCCAGAAUGGCUCAAUGUUUGUGUUUCUUUUCCAGUCGUGAGCGGCUCCUGCAUUUCCUUUCUUCCUCUUUGUAUUUUUAAGUCUGAGACUUCAGCAGCGUUAAAUCUCCACAGACUUGAAAACCUGCUCAGAGUCACUGUCCAAUAGGGAUCCUGGACUCAGCUGCUUGUGUCUGCAUGAAGCUCAGAUCAUUUCAUAUCGUCUGUGCUCCGGAAGUAACCAGCAGCACAUCAGGGUCUCGGCUGGUAAAACACAUUUAGGCCUAAAUGUAAACUGAGUAAUUUCACUAACUGGCACAUUUCAUUCUUCACUCGUUUGUUUUUAUUUCAGGUUGUAGUUUUCUUUGGCACUUUGACCUAAUUCUAGAAAACCUAACGCUCAGUGAGAUGCACAUUAAUCUCAUUUACACCAAAUGGAUGAAGGAGUUAAAAGCAGAACGGUUGUGACCUGAUUCUGUUGCUGUCUGAGCUAAAAUAGAGAGUGUCCGUGGAAAACUGCCGUGUGAGUUAUGGAAUCUAUAUUAAAAUACAUCUACAGACAGAGAACAAUUCCCAACUGCUAUUAAUAGAGGAAGUGAGGCUGAAGCUGAGGCUACCGGACGAUCAGGGGACGUGUGGAUGAUUCCUCUGUUUAUUCUCCCUCGUGGAAACAAACUGGUCCAUUUGUUUUCCACGUGAUUUAUUCCCACAGUGUUUACAGAGUUGACACGUCACCUCCGCAGUGUCACCAGCCCCCAGUGGUUCUCCUGUGAACUCCGGUUCCUCUGUGAGUUACAGUCACGUGGAGCCGCAGCUCACUCUCAUGUUUUCUGACAGUCUUUGAUUGUAGACUGUAAAAUCAAAGAUGGACGACUCCACUAACUCUCACUGUCCAGAAGCUCAUCUCAGACACUUCACUACAAACAUCAGUGUGAUGAGAAAUUCCUCAAAUGAACAAAACCAUCUUUUUUAAAUCUGGUUCCUGUCCCGUGUGCGAACAUGGAGGAGAUGGAGUUUAUGACUUGUACUGCAACCAGCCACCAGGAGGCGAUCAAGACCCUUUUGGCUUCACUUUGGGGAGCCGUCAGGUCGUCCAUCUUUAAAAACAGUCUUAAGUUGAUUUGUUUUAUUUUCAAACCGUCUCACGUUUCAAAUCCCAGUUUGGAUUUUCACAGGUUUCCCCUCAAAACGUCUAAAACCUGUUGAUUCCCAGUCUCAGCGAUCAUAAACACCACUGACCAACCGACUCACUCUAGAUCUGCCCUGUCCCCUGUGGAUCGGGGGGCAAGCGGUGGAGCCACUUUGUGCCUGAUGUUCAGUUUCUCUUAAAUGACCCCGAAGCACGAUGACGAGGGCGACGACCGAGUGCUGCGAUGGCGAGGAGAGAAAUGUGCGUCUCCUGUUUGUGUUUGUGUAGUUUCUUCUCUUUUUGGUUGUGUUGUGGUUAAAACUGUGCUUGAGCAUCGAGCUGCUGCUGCUGCUGCUGCUGCACCGUCGCUCCGUCACCACUGAGACAACAGUCACAUGACUUCUCCUCACUCCCUCGGCCCUCAGGGGUCAAAACCAAAUGUUAAAUACUCUCAGCUGGGAAACAACUCGAUCUGUUAUACAAACUGUUCUGUGCUCAGUGAUGAGGGAGUUCCUGCAGUGGAUGUCAAAGUCUUACGUUGCCCCCUGGUGGAGCAACUGCCUGCUGAGUCCAGGUCCUCCUGUGUUUGCAGGGCGGUCACGUUAAGUCAGGUUGAAGCGUUUCCACGUCGUCAGAUGAACGAACGCCAGGAAGAAGGAUUCAGUGUCAGAAACCAGCCGGCUGGUUGAUGCACUUCUUUUUUCUUUUCUUAGUUUCAGAAGUUUGAGGUUUUAUCUGUUUUUAAGUAUUUCCGACAAUAUGGAAGCAUGAGGAUUUUUAUUUUGAGUCUUUGACAUUUAUUUUUUUGAGAAAAGCCAGAACCGACUCAUAGUUGUGGUUCUAUCUGCACAAAUCUGUUGAAUUGGGUUAAAAAACAAAAUCCUCCUUAUGUCAAAAACCUCAAAACUUUAAAUGCUCACGUCUGAGAACUUGGAACCAGCUAAUAAUUAACAAUUAGCGGACGCAAACAAAUAAUUUCACUCUCAGUUUAUCUGCAUCAGGAGAAACUCAAAUGAGCCUUUGAUGGCAGAUCAAAUCUUUUUAUUAACGAUGUUCUUCUCCGGUGACGCAGCAGUUUUCUUUUUUCUCGUUUAACGUUUUUUCGCCACUGGUUGAUUUUUACACAUUGUUUAUUAUUCUCACGUUUGGGGAUGAACCACUGAUCGUAUAUAUUCUGAAUUUGAGUUUAUGUCACCACAGCCUUUAGUUUCCUCUUAAAGCAUUUAUUUAUAUAUGUUUUAUUUCUUCUCAUUUGAUCUUCUGGUUGUCGGGAGGUUGGUUAUAAGCUAUGCACACGACUCGUCUCCUGGAGCUUUUUUCUUUGUGUUCUAAUAGUAAAUCUAACAAAUUAUUCUACGGUAACAAAGCUAGUAUAAUCUAAAUCUACCCGAGUUGGAGAUGUUCCUCCAAUCACCUCGUAGAUACUGCCAUCUUCUAUUUUUUUUGCAGAAAUUAUUUCUAAGCAAUAAAAAUCUAAUCUCA